AACGUGCCAUGCCAGCGUACCUGAGCUGUGCUGUCCGGCAGUCUGGAGUUAUAACGGCGGGGGUAGUCGGCGCACGCUGGGCGGGGGGCGGACCCGGAGGAUAUGACGUCCAGCUCGGAGAGGAGAUUGUACCAUAUCCCGUAAACGCUGCCUGUUAACGUUGAUUUGUGGUGGGGAUUAUUACAAGGAUGGCUGAGUGAGUGAAUGCAGUUGACUCAAGUGAACAGAAGGAGAAACAGGAAAGACAAUCGAGUCACAUUGCAGGUCGAAACUCUCCACAACCAUGAGUCUAACUUUUGUAUUAUCUGCUAUUAUUUUCACGCUUCUCGCUAUUGUGGUCGCAACUUCGUUAUUUAACGGCUCUUCUACAGCCGACUUUGCAAACGCACGGAGUUAUUUCGGUGCAGCCGGAGGAUUAGAUCAAUCGGGGCCGAAGCAGAAUGGCUAUUUACCCGAGAAGAAGAAGAAGAAGAAGGCAGCGGAUGACUGGUGUGAGAUCAGCGGGAGCUCACACGAUCACUGGGAUGUAGUGAAAUCUGUGCUUUCAGAGGAGGCACACCCCCAACCUCUCACUGAAGAACUGGCAACACCAGUUGAACACUCCUCCUCCACAUCCAGCCUGUCCAUCCCCAGGCCUGGAUCUAGGCAUAUGAGCUUAGAGGUAGAUUCAUCAUCCGAGGUCUCAUCAGGGAGGGGCCGUAGGUCAUUCAUUGGGCUCUCUGAUAAGGAGCUCAUAAAGUGUGCUUUCUCUUACCCCCAGACUGAAGGAGCCACAGAGAGCCCGGGGAUCAACGAUAAGGUGGAAUCAAAUGCAAACAAUUCCUUGAAGUACGUCCCUGGAAAGGCGCGAUCCCACCACUUGCAAAUGAUGAUGUCCAAAGACGAGCUGGAGGAGGAGCAGAGGGUGCAACGGGAGCAGCUGGCUGCCAUCUUCCAGCUGCUACACGAUAACAAGGAGACGUUUGGGGAGGUGUCGGAGGGAGACAUGGAGGAGCAGCUCAGACUCUACUCCAUCUGAGACUCCUCUCUGACUCAGCUCUUUGCCUUGCCAUCCACCCUCUGACUGCGCUCUUUUACCUGUGAGCGCGACUGACGGACCUCUUCAACAGAGCUACACAAUACACUCAACAGCUACUCUCAAUUGUGUUCCUUUUUUUUGUUUGUUUCUUGUGGGUUUUUUUGUUUUUUGUUGUUUUUGCUUCCAUCCCCUGUCAUUCAAACUGCAGUCCACAUGAAGACCAAAGGAAACACCAGCCCAGAGCAGGACUUUAUAACUACCAAAUUGCAAAUAAGGACCAAAAGAGAUAAAAGACUAUCAUUAUGUCUAUUAGUUUUGUAUUAUAAUAAAAAUGUUAAUUUAUUACAAAACUUUUUUUUAAAAACUCAACUUUAUCUUCACUUAACUUCUGUAACAGGUGUAAACCCCUGCAAGUUAUUGCUGCAUAACUUCCACUCUGUUGUGCAAUAAACCACUUUAUGUACUAUUGUGAA